CUCACAGAUGACAAAUACAGUUACAACAAAUCCAAAUCCUGCUAAUACACGUGUAAAUUAAAUUGACCACUUGAAUUUCACUUUUUGACCUCUUUUUAUCCAUAAAUUACCUUUUCAUAAUUCUGAUCCGACAAAAAAUGGUUUACACCAUCGACCUAUUGCUGCUGCUCUGAAGUCAAAUGUGGACGUCAUGUUGGAAAAUAUUAGGUCAAAACCUACGGGAUAUACAAAUCAAGCGUAUUCACCAGUCCAGGAAUUUGGUUAUUCAUCUUCACAAGAAAGACGUCGACUAACUUGGGUGGACCCCUCCCUUUUUACGAGCCCUUCUUCGUAUUGUUAUGGCACGGAGUUGCUGGUAUCAGGGUGUCGAAAUGAGAGACAUGUUUGCCAGAAAAGGUCAGAGAAGAAAUUUAUCUCCGAGCAGUUUUCAAAAACAAAAAAUGGAUUCGCCAGCAGCAUCAGUAUCGCAAAUGCAUCGUGCCCGAUCGAAAUCUUCGUCGGAGAGAGUUGACGCCACAGACAGUUAUUUUAAUGGUGGUGGUACGCUUAAUGAUAAACGUGGUUCCAUAUCUUCGAUCAAACAUCGGAACGUCUAUAAUUUAGCAAUAUUCGACGUGGACAACAGCAGUGAUCCGUUUUCAGAACGUAGUAAUGAUAUUCAUAAUAAUAAUCUUGAUAGCACUCACAGAGUUUCUGGUAGCACUCGAAAUUUACUGGCCGGGAGAGAACUUAUAAUUGGAGAACGCAUCAGGAGUAGAACUAGAACUUUAAGUGGAAGUGGUGAUGUCGGUGACAGAAGUGGCAGCAAAAGUAGAAGUCAACACCAUUCGUCGACCGAAUCGAGAUACGAUGUUCGAAUUGCAGAGUUAAUUAAUGUUGUGCUGCUCACCUGUGUGUUUGUCUUGGGGGUGCUUAGUGCUGUAUUUGUAAUUGUGUGCUAUAAACAUGGAGAUUUUGGAAUGGGUCCAGUCCGGGGAGGCAGAGGAAGAACCGAGUUAUUUCAACCCUUUCCAGAAGCCGAACAACUUGCCGUCAUCGAUGAACAUUAUUUGGACCCUGUGAUACCCUCGUUGGAUGAAUAUCUUGAGGAUAAUGAGUGUGAUGGGGAGAAUAAAUUGGCACUGGAGCUGGAGGCGAUUACGUCUCUGAGAUCUGCCUUGGACAAAAAAGGAGAAGGGAAGUUGACCAAGGCUCAAAAGCUAUUUCAACAUGCCAUGGCCCUUUGCCCACGAAUGCCGGACGUGUUAACAGCAUAUGGUGAAUUCUAUGAGGAGACAAGACAAGAUUAUAUGAUGGCAGAUCAUCUGUAUGUCCAGGCACUGACAUACUCGCCUCGACACACAAAAGCACUCAUUAACAGGAAAAGGACACUUCCUGUUGUUGAAGAAUUGGAUGAGAAACGCUUGAACCGAAUUGAUGCCAAAAGAGAACAACUCCUCCAACUUUCAGAAACUAACCGAGCUCUAAGAAGAAUCAGGAAGGAAGCAUACUUUCAGCAUAUUUACCACAGUGCUGGCAUAGAAGGAAACACAAUGAGUCUGGCACAAACCCGUUUAAUUGUUGAAACCCGUAUGGCCGUCGGAGGCAAAUCCAUCAUUGAACAUAAUGAAAUAUUGGGAUUAGAUGCCGCUAUGCGAUUUGUCAAUUCCAGCCUGGUUAAUCGAAUUGGAAAAAUCACAAUUCGAGACAUCUUACUAAUUCACAAGAACUUGAUGGGCUUUGUGGAUCCUGGUGACGCUGGGCAGUUCCGUCAGACGCAAGUGUUUGUUGGAAAUCAUGUCCCUCCACACCCUGAAGAAGUUUUGGAACAAAUGUCUCAACUUGUGGAGUGGUUGAACUCGGAAGAAGCACUGACACUGCAUCCAAUUCACUAUGCCGCAAUUGCACACUACAAACUAGUCUGGAUUCAUCCAUUUAUUGACGGGAACGGCCGGACGGCUCGACUACUAAUGAAUUGGGUGUUAAUGCAAGCCAACUAUCCUCCUGUUAUAAUUCGAAAACAAGAUAGAAUCUUCUAUUAUGAACAUCUCACCACAGCCAACAAGGGGGACCUUCGUCCCUUCAUCAGGUUUGUGGGAGAGUGUACUGAGAAGACUAUGGAUGUUUAUUUGUGGGCCACCCAAGAACACAACAUUUUAGAACUUGAAGAUGAUCACAGUGAGAAUUAACAUUUGAUUGAGGAUAAUGAAGAUCUCAAAAAAAAUCAUCAAUAAUAAGUUAUAAAUCAUUUGCACUGCUACACUGCUAGCCAACUUCCGGUGAAAAUAUUUUACACAAAUAAUAAUAUAAUAGUAAUAAUACGACGAUGAGGACGACUGAAUCUAUUAUUUUAACUCUAACGUGAUAUAGCGAUAAAUGAAAAGUGAAUAUUACAAUGUAGUACUAUUCAAUAGUUAUAUGUAAAUGUACUUGGGGAGAUUUUAAUUAUGGAGUCAUUCAUUUUAGUUUUAAUUUUAUUAUGUUAAUUGAUUUCAAUUUGAUUAGUAACUUUGAUGAGAUGGGAUGGAACAAAGCCUUCGACACCCAGAGAUUUAAAUAUAAUAUAAUAUAAGCGUCCAAAUGAAGGAUGAAAUUGUUUUAUGAAAUUGUAUUGAUAAGCACUUGAAUAAACAACUUUGAUACACCAUGAA